AUGGGCAAGGCGCAAAAGAAGACGGGCAAGGGCCGUCUCGACAAGUACUACAAGCUCGCAAAAGAGCAAGGGUACCGCGCGCGUUCGGCGUUCAAGCUCAUCCAGCUCAACAAAAAAUACAACUUUCUCGAGAGCGCACGAUGCUGCAUCGACUUGUGUGCCGCGCCCGGAGGAUGGCUUCAAGUCGCGUCUAAAUAUAUGCCCGUCAACUCGCUCAUCGUCGGUGUCGACUUGGUCCCCAUCAAACCCAUUCCACGCGUCUCGACCUUCGCGGCAGACAUCACGACCUCGCAUUGUCGGAAUCUAUUACGCGGAGAGAUCAAGGACUGGAAGGCGGAUGUAGUAAUGCACGACGGUGCUCCGAAUGUCGGUACUGCCUGGGUGCAGGACGCGUACUCGCAGAGCGAGCUCGUGCUCAUGUCCCUCAAACUCGCCGUCGAGUUCCUCGCAAAGGGCGGCACAUUCGUCACCAAGGUCUUCCGCUCCGUCGACUACAACAACCUCAUCUGGGUCUUCUCCCAGCUCUUCGGCAAGGUCGAGGCUACAAAGCCCCCUUCCUCGCGUAACGUCUCUGCUGAGAUCUUCGUCGUCUGCCGCGACUUCCUCGCGCCCAAACACGUCGACCCCAAAUUCCUCGACCCGCAACACGUCUUCAAAGACCUCUCCGCCUCCAUCUCCUCCGCACCCUCCGCAAAGGCCGCCGCUGCCCAGGCGCAAACGAACGUCUUCCAGCCCGAGAAGAAGCGCCGCAAACGUGAUGGAUACGCCGACGGCGACUACACCCUGCACACGAGCGUGCCCGUAUCGCAAUUUGUGUUUGCGGAGGACCCGAUUGGUGUACUUGGAAGCGUGAACCAGAUGUUGUUCGAGAGCGAGGAGGAGAAAGGGUGGAAGGAGAUGGGUAUCACCACUGGCGACGUCAAGGCGAACCUCGACGAUCUGAAGGUCCUCGGCAAGCGCGAUUUCAAGACGCUGUUGAAGUGGCGUAUCAUGCUGCGUGAGGAGCUCGGUCUGGAAGGAAAGGCGGAAGAGAAGGAUGCAGAUGAGACGGAGGAGGCCGCAGAGACCGUCGAGGUGGACGAGGACACCCAAAUUCAGACCGAGCUUGAGCGUCUACACGCCGAGGCAGCCGCACGCACCAAACGCGAUCGUCGGCGCGCGAACGAACAACGCACGCGCACGGUGCAGCGCAUGCAGCUCCAGAUGAGCGCGCCAAUGGAUAUCGGUCUGGAGCAGACGGACGCGGCACUGGGCGCGGAGGAUAUGUUUGACCUUGGCGAGGCGGAGAAGAAGGGCGCGAGCAAGUUUGUGUCGGGUGAUGCCGGCGCUGACUCGGACGACGAGGGAGAGGAUGAGGGCCGUGAGGUAGAGGAAGAAGACGAGGAGGUCCUCGACUCGGAGGAUGAGCGCGAAAGGCGUACCGCGGCGCUCGAGGGUGAUCUCGAUGGGCUGUACGAUAGCUAUCGACAGCGUCUCGCCGAGAGGAGCGCGAAGUUCCGUGCGAAGGAGGCGCGGAAGAAUAAUAAGGAGCUUGGAGACUGGCACGGGUUUUCGACGGAGAAGAACUCGGAUGAUGAGUCGAGUGACGAGGAUGAGGCGGGUGGUUACGAGGAGACGUUGGCGGCCAAGAUGAGGAUUGAUGAUUCGUCGGAUGAGGAUAGCAGCGACGAAGAGGAGGCGCAGGAGGUUGGGAAGAAGCGAUCAAGAGCGUCCGUGAAGGGUGGCGCGAAGAAGAAGGCGAGGUUGGUCAAGGACUUGCGUGAGCCCGCACCGGCACCCAGUCGCGCGGCGGAUAUGUGGUUCAGCCAAGACGUAUUCAACGCGGUCGAUGGUCUUGACGAGCUGGAAGAUGAGGAAGAGGAAGAUGAGGAGGGCGACGAGGAUAUGGAGAGUAGUCAGGCUGGUGGACCGGAUUCACCCGAAACGCCGAGCGAUGAAGAAGAGGACGACUUUGAGGUGGUUCCUGCUGAGCCAGAAGACGCGACAAUGUGGGAUGUCGAAGAUGAGGAUGAGGAUGCAGCGAAGGCUGCCAUCAUCAAAGAUCGUGGUCUCCUCACAGCAGAGGCAGUGACGUUGGCGCAACAGCUCGUGAAUCGACAAAAGACCAAGACAGAUCUACUGAACGACGGCUUUUCGCGUUACUCCCUCAACGCAAAAGACGGUUUACCCGCCUGGUUCCUCGAUGACGAAUCGAAGCACUACACACCCAAUCUGCCAAUCACGAAAGAAGCCGUGGCAGCGCUCCGCGCGAAGCAACGUGCUCUUGACGCUCGGCCCAUCAAGAAGGUCGCCGAAGCCAAAGCGCGCAAGAAGCUCAAGGCUGCACAGCGCCUCGAGAAGGCCAUGAAGAAGGCCGAGGGUGUGACGCAGACCGAAGAGAUGAGCGAGCGCGAGAAGGCGAGGCAGGUCGAGAAGUUGCUUGCGAAGGGCGCGAGCAAGGGCAAGCGUAAGGAGAUGAAGGUCGUCGUGGCGAAGGGUGCGCACAAGGGGAUCAAGGGGCGUCCGAAGGGCGUCAAGGGUCGCUACACAAUGGUCGAUUCGCGUAUGCGGAAGGAGUUGCGCGCGAAGAAACGCAAGGAGAAGGAGAAUAAGAAGAGGAAACAUUAA